UGACGAGAUUUCGUUGAUAGGAUCUCGUUUUGUUUUGGUGUAUUAUCUUACUUAUUGUUAGUGCUAGUGCAGUGUCCAUGUCUGUUAAUUAAAAUGGCUCUACCUCAGAUAGAGGGCUACAUAGUAGCUGAAAAACUUGGUUCAGGCAGUUAUGCCACGGUCUACAAGGCUUAUAAAAAGAAUGGCCCAAGAGCUGUAGUCGCAAUCAAAUGCGUCCAGAAAGCAAAGCUGUCUGCUGUGACCAUAGAAAACCUCCUGACUGAAAUUUCCUUGCUAAAGAAAUUGAAACAUCCUAAUAUCGUCGAGAUGCAAGACUUUUUUUGGGAUGACAAAUACAUCCACAUCGUUAUGGACUUUUGUGCCGGAGGCGAUCUCUCCAACUUAAUCAAACAGAAACGCAGACUGCCAGAAAAAACGUGCAAGAGGUUCCUACAGCAACUAGCGUCAGCAUUGCAAUACAUUCGAAGCCAGAAUGUGUGUCACAUGGACUUGAAGCCUCAAAAUUUGUUGUUGACGUCGAGAACAAAUCCUGUGCUUAAAAUGGCUGAUUUUGGAUUUGCACAGCCCAUGAAAUCAUCUGAGCACAGCAGCUCGUUGAGAGGAUCCCCGCUGUACAUGGCGCCAGAGAUCCUCCUAACAAAGAGCUAUGACGCCAAAGUUGACCUCUGGUCAGUGGGAGUAAUCCUGUACGAAUGUCUCUUUGGCAGGGCUCCAUACUCCUCCGGAAGCCUUGACGAGCUCUUGGAUAAAAUCAAAUCACAUGCCGCCAUUGAUAUUCCUACGGGGUGCCACGUGAGUGCAGUGGGUCAAGACCUGCUCACACGACUCUUGCAGCACGAUCCUACCGUCAGGAUCGACUUUCCGGAGUUUUUCGCCCACCCCUUCCUCGAUUUGCAGCACGCGCCCGACGAGAAUUCUUUGGAGAAGGCUACCAAAUUGGCGAGUGAAGCUGUUCAAGCUGAUCAGGAACAAAACCACCUGCUAGCGAUUAAGCUCUAUGAACAGUCGCUUUUGUUCCUAAAACCUCUAUUUGAAGCUGAAUGUAAUCCUUCAAAGAAGUCUGGCUUGCAAGUGACGAUUAACCAGUACAAGCGAAGAAUUUGUGAGUUGAAGCAACUCACUGGGGGCUCUGCAGCGGCUGCAACCCUGUUGAGAAACGCAGACGGCUCUUUCGAGGAGCUGGUGCGUUUGUCCGUGUCGACGCCGGAAUUGCACAGUGCCUUGCAGAUGGGGGCUUUGGCCGAGCAGUACGAGUGCGAGCGGAACUUCACUUUGGCCUUGGAGAGAUACCAGGCGUGCCUGGCCAUUCUAAUCACACACCUUUCCAGGGAGGUAAAAGGAAGCAGGCGACAGCACCUGCUUCACUUGCAGGUUAAAAAGUGGCUAAAGCGAGCUGAAGUUGCAAAAGCCAUGUUGGAUAUGCCAGAGGAUGAAUUUUCCGCUUUGGAUCUAAAAGGUAAAAUAGCUAAAAUGCUCUUCCUUGCACUUAAAUUGUUAUUGAUAAUGAUUAUCAUUAUUUUUAAUGCAGAAAACUGUUGGAUGCAGUGAUGAAAUUGUAUGUAUUACUAAAUUUGAAAGUCAUCUUUAAGUGUGAUAUUUAAACAUUUAGUUGAGCUAUAUUUAUGAGAGACCAAAACUACAUGAGUAAACAGAGAAAUGUCUGUAUAAGAACAAUUCAGGGUAAUAAAUAAUAUCUGCAUUGAUAUUAGAAUAAUACGAAAA